UAUGUUUUUUAAAAAGCGAAGAAGAAGAAAUAACAGCUAGAAAAUGGGUUUGGGGCGAAGCUAGCUGUUAGGCUAAUGUAAAUAUUCACCAAGAGGAGACUGGAGAGCAACUGAAGAUAGCGUUACAAGAAAGCUUUGCGUACGUUGACACGAAAUUAGUCCUUCCUUUUAAAGAAUGAUGAGCCAGCGGCGUGGGAUCCAUCUGGACCAAUCAGAGCUGCUAUGCAAAAAAGGAUGUGGUUUUUAUGGCAACACUGCUUGGCAAGGCCUGUGCUCAAAGUGCUGGCGAGAAGAAAAUCAGCGAGAAAAGCAAAAACAGAUUCAGGAGGACUGGGCACUCGCUGAAAGGUUGCAGAGAGAGGAAGAGGAAGCAUAUGCAAGUCGACAACAGAAGACCCAAUCACAGCCUUCCAUUACACCUUUUAGCAAGUUUGAGGAGAGAAAGACUAAAGAAAAGUCCAGCAAAGUCAACACGGUCACAAAGUUUUUUAUUCCGUCCACAAAAACACCACCAAAAAAAGAUGCUGCACCUUUUGACCCGCAGUCCAGCCCGAGCCCCAGCUCAUCCACAAGCCGAAAGUCAUCUGUGGACAGUGAUAUCGCGACACGAGAGUUUAUUGAUUUUCUUAAGCCUCUGAAGUCUGGCAGGGAGAUCUUCAAACAGUGUCGGGCCUUCACUGAGACCAUGGUCUACAAGCGGGACAUCGGAGCUGAUGAGCUGUCAGAGUGCGUGCAGGACUUCUACCAGAACCUUUCAGAGCGCCUCCAGACCCAGUUCAAAGGUUCGUCUGAUCAAGUAGAGUGUAUUAUGGAUGAAGUCGAAAAGUACAUAAUGACUCGUCUCUACAAGGAAGCCUUCUGUCCAGAAACAACUGAUGAUGAGAAGAAAGACCUGGCAAUUCAGAAGAGGAUCAGAGCCCUGCACUGGGUCACCAUUGAGAUGCUGUGUGUUCCUGUAGAUGAGGAGAUCCCUGAGGUUUCUGACAGCGUAGUCAAAGCCAUCACAGACGUGAUUGAAAUGGAUUCGAAGCGCGUUCCCAAGAACAAGCUGGGAUGCAUUACUCGUUGCAGCAAGCACAUCUUCAAUGCCAUCAAAGUCAGCAAGAAAGAGGCUGCGUCUGCAGACGACUUCCUCCCCACACUGAUCUACAUCGUGCUGAAAGCAAACCCACCGCGACUGCACUCCAACAUCCAAUACAUCACCCGUUUCUGCAACCCCAGCAGACUCAUGACUGGAGAGGACGGCUACUAUUUCACCAAUCUGUGCUGCGCAGUGGCCUUCAUUGAGAAGUUGGAUGGCCAGUCUCUGAACCUGAGCUCUGAGGAGUUUGAGCUUUACAUGUCGGGCCAGGCGUCCCCAAACUGGCCACUCACUUCCGGAGCCGCCGCCUCCUCCAGCAACAGCGCUCUCAGUCAGGUCCACAAAAGGCUGGAUCUGCUGACAGGGCUCGGGGAAAGGCAGGAGCGCGUCAUCGAGAAGGCUCGCCAGCUGGAGAGUGACCUCAUUGACUGGACCGAUGAAGUGGAGCAGAAAGUGCAGAGCGUUCUGGAGAGUUUUCCACCCGACAUGCAAAACCCCCCUGCACCCACAGCGAGUGGGGCUGCAGCAGCUUCAUCAGCAAUCGACUCUGAUAAUGUUGAGAAUGAGCUCCUGCCACCACCACUGCAGCCACAAGUGUUUGCUGGUUGAUAUAAAGCUUUACUCCACCCUGACCCUUUUCCCUCCAGCUGUCUGAUACAGAUCCCAGUCAACACUCCCAGAAUCUUUGCUCCAUCCACCCUUUUCUUGUAGAAGCCAUGAAGCUAGACCUUAUAGCAAUGUCACUUUCAAAUGGAAAAAAAAAAGUUUGUUAUUUUUGGGUUGUGCGUUUAUUUGCUUUCUUGGAGAGAGUAAGAUGAGAAGCUUGAUGCCACUCUCGUGUUUGAACACUGCGAAAUAUUUUGUUGUAAAUUAGUUUGUAGAAAAACCAAAGCGUAGAAGCUUUCGUACAGAUCAGCAGUUCAUUGGUGGUGGAUUUCUGUCACCUGUGGACACGGCUAGGCUGGUUGCAGCUGUCAGAGUGGUAUGAAUGCUCCUGACUCUCCACCAGGAAGCAAAUAAGAGCAUUUACUAAAGUUUGAGAUUAUUUUGAACACCAGGGACCACUAGGUGGAGUCCUGGAGUCCAGCAACACUCAGUCAGGGGUCUGUUACUGUUACAGUCUGCUCCUGUUAAAGUUUUAGACUUGCUGAUAUCCUCAAUCCAGCUGAGCAGUGGAAAGAGAGUGACUCCAUUCCAAGUUCUUCCGAAACACAUCCGCUUGUCACCCACUGUGGCAUCUUCAGUACCUCAGCUAUUCUUCACCCUUUAUGUACAGAGAGGGUAAAAUGGACGAUAUUUAAACAUGCAUAAUAACUCUCAAACUAUCAGAUGAGGAUUUAUUUUAAGCGUAUGUCUCCGGGCUAUGUUGGCCCUUAAUUCCCAAAUUGUAUCUAACAAACAAUAAUUUUCAUUACACUUUAGAUAACACUUUAGAUGGGCGGGGUGGGGGUAAACGAGGUGGUAGGGAACUCCCAAUGAUGCAAUAACCAACUUGCCGCUCUCUAAAACUCUGAAACUCCAGCUCAUGUUUGUAAUGUGUGCUGUGUUUAGUGUGCGUUUCACAACCCUUCACAGGAAUAGCCAGAAAAAAGAAGUGUGUGCGUGAGUUGAGAAACUGUGUGUGUGUGUGUGUUGCAUGUUCUAGUAAUGUUGACAAAUCCUCCAGUUACACCUGUAGAAAUACUUUUUUUUCCCAUGGCUGACCUCAUUCUAGUCACAAGCUGAAUGUACAGAAGUGAUUUUAUUUUUCUAUACGGUGUUGGUUAAUCCUCCCUCUGGAUGCAGUAGGAGAUGAUAAUCCUGUAAUAUUUACAGUAGAUUUAAAAAACAACAACAAAAAAAACCCUUUGCUUGAAGAUGUAUAAAUUUUAAUGAUCGAGUCGUUGACGUCUUAAGAGAGCAUUAUGAGCAGGUCUGCUGAAAGAAGGUGAAUGAAAACCAGCACGAUGCCGUUUCCCUGUAAGAAUGAGGCAGAAUCACUCCAGAGGCUCAUGGAGAAUUUAGAAAACCAGUUUAAUUUAUUUUAUGGCACUUUUGUUUGCUUUUAAAGCACUUCAUUCAAUAAUGAAGGUCAUUGCGCAGAUUAGUUGAUAGUAUAGUAGUUAAAAGCGUCUUUGUUGCACAGAUUUAGGUCGACUGUCUUUUUUAAAUUUCUCAGUCUUGAAGUGGAGGAAGCUUUUUAGGAAAGUUUGUUUGAAUUAUGUGAGGCACAUUUUUCUUUUCUCGCGAGCUAAAGUUUCCCUUUCCAACCAGGUUUAAUUUUUGUUGUUGUUGUUGAGAAUUUGCAACAGUGCAGUCAGUGUGCGGCUGCUGUCAAAAUUCACUUUGAGAAAAAGCUCUUAAUGCAGACAUAAACUAACAGCUUGAAUAAAUUCUUAUUGCACUGUAUGCAGAAACCAUUUAUCAGGUAUUUCAAAACAUUUUAAACCGCGUCUUUGUUACCUUAUAGGUUUGUUAUUGUGUGACAUGGGAGAAAUGAACAGAAUACUGUCUUUUAUUUAAAUGUAACUUAUUGGGGCAGUAUUGGUAUAUUUGCAUCUAUGGGUGUGUGGUUAAUAAAAAUAGAAAAGUAAAAUGGACUGUUGUGGUUCCUUUUAAUUUUUUUCACAUGACUGUGAUGGUCAAGAUUUUGCAUGUCAGGAAUGAAGUUCCUGACAUGCAAAAUCAGGAAAAAUGAACCCAGAAUUUUAGCUGUGUCUACUGUUCUGUAUGAUAUCUGGGAAAGGGGGGGAUAGUUUAAGGGUGGCUUCUUGGCAGCAUAUCUUAAGGAUGUGUUUUUCAUGACGUGGCUGGUAAUCCUGCUGUUGAUAGCAUUUUAGGCCUCUUCUGCUUUCACCGUGCACUUGUCCAAUUUCCUUAAAUUUGUAAAAACACACUCCAUGCCCUACUGAGGUUUAAUAACAAAAUGCCUAAAGAUACAAUUUAAAAAUGGUCCUUAGUUAUGUUGUCUGUAACAAAAAAAGAGAAAAAGAAAAAAAAACACAUUCCCGUGAACAUGGUCACGUAAGGAGUGGACUAGAAACCAAAAGCGAAACCUAGAAAGCCUCGAGAACUGUUGCUUAAGACCUCUUGGGUCAAAGAAAAGAAAAAGAGAACAAGAAAACACACCCUUCCAGUGAAAAGCUCUGCGGUUCAUUUUCACUGGAAGGGUUCAAAUGAGCUAGAAAGAAUAAUGCAACAAAUAAUAUUUCACAGUUCGGGAGUACAGCUCAACAGUGCAGUGAAUCAGUGGAUUGUAUAAAAACCUGAUGGAGUUUCAUUCUAUUAAUUAUACACUUAUCAAUAAUGUAGGUGUCUGCUUCGAGGUUUUUGGUCACAGAUGCUCUUCUGCAUGACUUGGUUGUAAAGAGUGGUUAUUUGAGUUACUGUUGCCUUUCUAUCAGUUCAAAGCAUUCCUCUGACCUCUGAAAUCAGCAAAGCAUUUUUACUUGGAGAACUGCCCGGAUAUGAACUCUUCUUUUUUUUUUUUUUAAACUAACCUCAGUAAACUCUAGAGAUGGUUGUGCUGGGAAAAUCCCAGCAGAUUAGUAACUUGAAAAAUGCAAUGGUAAAUGUUUUUUUUUUCACUCUUCACUGCACUAUCUAUAAUGCCAGAAAAAGCCCCCAAAAAUAUAUUUAAAAGAAUGUAGGAGGAUACAACAGUGAGUGGCUACAUGCAUCUAAAAAAAAAAAAAAAACAUGUUGGAGGCUCAGUCAUGGCCACUAUCUGGAAAAUAACUGAUUGGCAGCAGCUUAAUAUUGUCACGCUGCCAAUUCAGUAAGACCAUACCUGGAUUUUUUU